AUGCGCUCGCACCCGUACACGCCCCCACCGCCCCUCCCGUCCGUCCUCGACGAGCUCGCCGCCCUCGCGCCGCUGCCGAACCAACGUCCUCGCCGCGCCUCCUUCGACGACGCCGCCUCCGCCACCGCCGCCGCCCCCUCAGACAUACCCCUCGAGGCCCUCGACCCCGAAACGAGCCAGUUGCUGCCGGCAAGGAAACGGAGGCACAGGGUGCGCAUACAGGGCAAGCUGGCACUCGUCAGGAGCAUAUCGACGGCGAACCUAUCGGGCAAGGCUGCGGCGCAGGCGUCGGGCAGGGCGGGCGGGAGUCUCGAGGGGAAGCGCAGCGGGGAGGACGAGGAGCUGUCGCAGACGAGUGAUACGGAGGAGGAGGCUCGGGAGGUUGCCGUGCGGGAUCAGCAGCUACGGGGGUACGGGAUUGGCGGGGCGGGCAAUAUCCGUGAGGCGGCCGACGGAGGUGUAUGGACUGUCGAGGCCAUCGGAAGGGUCUUCGACGAGUGGUGCGGACCGGGGACUGAGGAAUUUGCGGCAUCUGAUCGGGCGCAUGGGGGACCUUAA